UUCCCGCGAGCCACAAUAGGUUCGCCCGCGUCUUCUCUCCGCCCCCACGGUGACUGCUGGGAGCCCGCCCAUCGCCAGUUCCGGGGCGGUUGCUCUGACCAAGCGGAACUCCCCGCCCCUUCCCGCGGCCCGGGGGCCGUAGGAGGCUGCAGUGAGGAGGCUCUGAGCUGAGCUCUUGACGGGCAUCAUCUCUUAAUCCUCAGAACAUUCCGGGGAGGUACACCCACUCUUACAGAGUCUCAGUUUCCCUUUCUGUGAAAUGGAGAUGACAGUGGUCCCUGCUAAUGGGGUUGGUUGAGAAAUUCAACAAGAGAAGCCUGUCAAGUGCUCUGCACCUAGCUUGGCACACAGUAGGUGCUCUCUCCACAGGGUCCCUUAUCCUGGGCCAUGAGCGAGCUGAAGGACUGCCCCUUGCAGUUCCAUGACUUCAAGUCUGUGGACCACCUGAAGGUCUGUCCCCGCUACACGGCAGUGCUGGCCCGCUCUGAGGAUGAUGGCAUCGGCAUCGAGGAGCUGGACACUCUGCAGCUGGAGCUUGAGACCCUGCUGUCUUCUGCCAGCCGGCGCCUUCGAGUGCUUGAGGCUGAAACUCAGAUCCUCACAGACUGGCAGGAUAAGAAAGGUGACAGACGAUUCCUGAAGCUGGGUCGAGACCAUGAGCUUGGCACUCCCCCCAAACACGGAAAGCCCAAGAAGCAGAAACUGGAAGGGAAGGCAGGACAUGGGCCAGGUCCUGGCCCUGGGCGGCCCAAAUCCAAAAACCUUCAGCCCAAGAUCCAGGAAUAUGAAUUCACUGAUGACCCUAUUGAUGUGCCACGGAUCCCCAAGAAUGACGCCCCCAACAGGUUCUGGGCUUCAGUUGAGCCCUACUGUGCCGACAUCACCAGUGAGGAAGUACGCACGCUAGAGGAAUUAUUGAAACCUCCAGAUGAUGAGGCUGAACAUUAUAAGAUCCCGCCCUUGGGGAAGCACUACUCCCAGCGCUGGGCACAGGAGGACCUGCUGGAGGAGCAGAAGGACGGAGCCCGGGCAGCAGCCAUGGCUGACAAGAAGAAAGGCCUCAUGGGGCCACUGACAGAACUGGACACUAAAGAUGUGGAUGCCUUGCUGAAGAAGUCGGAGGCCCAGCACGAGCAGCCUGAAGAUGGCUGCCCCUUUGGCGCCCUGACGCAGCGUCUCCUGCAGGCCCUGGUGGAGGAAAAUAUUAUUUCCCCUAUGGAGGACUCUCCUAUCCCUGACAUGUCUGGGAAAGAAUCGGGGGCUGAUGGGGCCAGCACCUCUCCCCGCAAUCAGAACAAGCCCUUCAGUGUGCCACAUACGAAAUCCCUGGAGAGCCGCAUCAAGGAGGAGCUGAUCGCCCAGGGCCUCCUGGAGUCUGAGGACCGCCCCGCAGAAGACUCAGAGGAUGAGGUCCUUGCUGAGCUGCGCAAACGUCAGGCCGAGCUGAAGGCGCUGAGCGCUCACAACCGCACCAAGAAGCACGACCUGCUGAGGCUGGCAAAGGAGGAGGUGAGCCGGCAGGAGCUGAGGCAGCGGGUUCGCAUGGCAGACAACGAGGUCAUGGACGCCUUCCGCAAGAUCAUGGCAGCCCGGCAGAAGAAGCGGACCCCUACCAAGAAGGAGAAGGACCAGGCCUGGAAGACUCUGAAGGAACGUGAGAGCAUCCUGAAGCUGCUGGAUGGGUAGCCCGCACCCAUGUCUCAGGCUGCCUGCCCCUGGCCUGAAGGAGGGAGGGGAGGGAGGCCCACUUCUGGCCUUGGGCUGCCGGAAGCCACAGCUUGUGGCUGCCCGUCCAAUGGCGAGUCUUUAGAGGACUGUGGCUCUUCCCCAAGGUCUUUUGGCCGAGCUCUGUAGAGCCAGGACAUGGAAGGUCUUGCUGGGCUGGGCCAGGGCCCAGUCUCUGCUUGGUCCCCAAGAUGAGGGGAACAUCUUUUCUGGGCCUCCCUCUUCCCAUUUUACACCAUCCCCCACUCACCCAUCCCCCACUCACCCAUCCCCCAUCAUUCUCUCCUCCUCCAGGAGUUCUCCCUUGUGGUUUUGUAAAGUGCAAGCUUAAGAUUAAAGUGACUGCUGUGGUUUUUUAAAAACA